UCGACAAAGAAGGUUCCAGUUGAAAUUUGCUUAAAUUUGAAUGAUAAAAAAACGAUGAACAUGGAAGGGGUUGCUCGUUUAUUCCUCGUUAAACUAUACGGCGAAAUGCCUUAUUUGGAAUUUCUCGAAAAACAAAAGUCGAAUCAGGGAGCAUAUGUAGUCAAAAGGGGAAAAGUAUCCACUUCAAUUACUGGUAAAAAACGCCUUCAUGAUCAUGGGAGCGGUAGUCAAACAGAGAGCGGGACUCAUCAUGAACAUAAAAAAGAAAAAAAGAGUCCACAAACAAGUUUAAGCCCAAGCAAAAAGCGAGGUGAAAGUCCAACUAAAGGUCAUUGA